UCACGUCAACGCGCCCGCCGAGGUGACGCCCUCGGCUUCGGCGGGUUCGUGGUCGAGGCUUACGUGCUCUCCGCUCCGGUGUUGCGGCGUUUGCGGUCCUUUCUCCAGACUUCCUGGCCCCGCUCUGGGAUUUCGCGAUGUACCACAACAGUAGCCAGAAGCGGCACUGGACUUUCGCCAGUGAGGAGCAGCUGGCACGACUGCGGGCGGACGCCAAUCGUAAAUUCAAAUGCAAAGCGGUCGCCAACGGGAAGGUUCUUCCAAAUGAUCCAGUCUUUCUUGAGCCUCAUGAAGAAAUGAUGCUCUGCAAAUAUUAUGAGAAGAGACUAUUAGAAUUCUGUUCAGUGUUUAAGCCUGCAAUGCCAAGAUCUGUUGUGGGUACUGCUUGUAUGUAUUUCAAGCGUUUUUAUCUUAAUAAUUCAGUAAUGGAAUAUCACCCCCGGAUAAUAAUGCUCACUUGUGCGUUUUUGGCCUGCAAAGUAGAUGAAUUCAAUGUAUCUAGUCCACAGUUUGUUGGAAAUCUGCGAGAGAGUCCUCUUGGACAGGAGAAGGCCCUUGAACAGAUUUUGGAAUACGAACUACUUCUCAUACAGCAACUGAAUUUCCACCUUAUUGUCCACAAUCCUUAUAGACCAUUUGAGGGCUUUCUCAUUGAUUUAAAGACUCGCUACCCCAUGAUGGAGAAUCCAGAGAUGUUGAGGAAAACAGCUGAUGACUUUCUUAAUAGAAUUGCAUUGACAGAUGCUUACCUUUUAUACACACCUUCGCAAAUUGCCCUGACUGCCAUUUUAUCUAGUGCAUCUCGAGCAGGAAUCACUAUGGAAAGUUACUUAUCAGAAAGUCUGAUGCUGAAAGAGAACAGAACUUGCUUGUCACAGUUACUAGAUAUAAUGAAAAGUAUGAGAAACUUGGUAAAAAAAUAUGAACCACCCAGACCUGAAGAAGUUGCUGUUCUGAAACAGAAGUUAGAGAGAUGUCACUCUGCUGAGCUUGGCCUUAACGUAAUUACGAAGAAGAGGAAAGGCUAUGAAGAUGAUGAUUAUGUCUCCAAGAAACCCAAACAUGAGGAGGUACGUUCUUCAAAGGAAGAAUGGACUGACGAUGACCUGGUUGAUUCUCUCUAACCAUUUGAAAUUGACUUUUAAUGUUAACUAGUCAACAGAAGGAUGAAACAUAUCUGACAUUUAACUUUCUUUAAAAAUGAAAUAAUAUGAAAGCAUUAAAAGAUAUCAAACUUUU